GCAUAUGAACCUUCUUUGGCGUUUUCUUUCAGCUGGACCUCUUUUGACUCUCUCUCUCCGCUUUCUGCAUUCAGGUACCUACCACUCUCUCUCCACUUCCACAUUCUGGCAAUGCUCCCUCUUCUUGUGCUUCUAGAUCCAGCCAAUGCUUUUCUUGAUUCCACCGUUUAUCUCUAGCGUUUGACACCGAACCAACUUCGAUUUUCUUCGGAAGCAGCUGCAACUGGUGCUGGAGGGAACAAAAAACCCUAGAUCUGCGAUGCUCCAUCUCCGGCAACGGCGGGAUUCUACUCCGGCCACCACCAGGUGGCAAAACAAGUUCGAGGAGAAUUUGGAGCAGUGGCCGCACCUUAAUGAGCUUGUUCACUGCUACACCACUGACUGGGUCAAGGAUGAAAACAAGUACGGCCACUACGAGAGCGUUGGAACGCCUUUGUUUCACAACCAGAUAUAUGAAGGCCCUGACACUGAUAUUGAGACAGAAAUGCGCCUUGCUGGGGCGAGACGAACAAAGGGUGAAGACAUUAGUGAGGAUGACGUCCCUAGUACUUCAGGAAGGCAGUUUAUGGAGGCUGCAGAGGGCGACGUGCCCCAUUCGGAUGUCCCAAAGCAUGUUGGUCAAUCUCCUCUUCCUGCUUAUGAACCCGCAUUUGAUUGGGAAAAUGAGAGGUCGUUGAUAUUUGGACAAAGGAUACCGGAAACUCCUAUAUCACAUGGAAUGAAGAUCUCUGUAAAAGUUCAGUCUUUGCAGUUUCACGCCGGAUUAGUUGAGCCCUUUUAUGGUACAAUUUGCUUGUACAAUAGGGAGAGAAGAGAAAAGUUAUCAGAAGACUUUUACUUUUCUGUCUUACCAACCGAAAUGCAGAAUGCUAAAAUUACAUAUGAACCACGUGCAGUAUUUUAUUUAGAUGCACCAUCUGCUUCAGUUUGCUUGUUGAUCCAGUUGGAAAAGCAUGCUACAGAAGAAGGCGGGGUUACUCAUUCUGUUUAUUCGCGGAAAGAUCCAGUGCACUUGACUGAGAGAGAGAAGCAAAAACUUCAGGUGUGGUCUCAAAUCAUGCCAUACAAAGAGUCCUUUGCGUGGGCCAUGGUAUCAUUAUUUGAUAGCAGCACAGGUGCAGCUUCAGUGGGGCCUGCUUCCCCAAGCAGCCCUCUUGCUCCGAGUGUAUCUGGUUCAAGUUCUCAUGAAGGUGUUUUUGAGACUAGUGCGAAGAUCUCCUUAGACGGGAAGCUGAGUUACUCAAAUGGAAAUUCUGUUGUAGUUGAAGUUUCGAACUUAAAUAAAGUUAAGGAGUGCUAUACUGAGGAAUCACUUCAGGAUCCCAAACGCAAAGUGCAUAAACCUGUCAAAGGUGUUCUGAAGCUAGAAAUUGAAAAGCACCAGAUUUCCCAGUCUGAUUUGGAGAAUGUGUCAGAAAAUGGCAGUACAACCAAUGAUUCUAUUGACCCAGGUGAUCGUAUUGCAGAAUCAUCUGGAAAGUAUCCUGUUAAUGUUGGUGAUGAUCCUCAGGGUAGUAUCUCCAAGUGGAAUUUCCAUGAUGGGAAAGACAUUUCAGCAAAUGGAGCAAAUCAACAUGGAAGCGCAGAUUUUAAUGCUGAUGAUUUCCAUGCUUUUGACUUCCGCACUACAACAAGAAACGAGCCGUUUUUGCAACUUUUUCACUGUCUGUAUGUGUAUCCAUUGACUGUAAGUUUGAGUAGGAAGAGGAAUUUAUUCAUACGGGUUGAACUGCGGGAGGAUGACGGUGAUGUUCGUAGGCAGCCAUUGGAGGCAAUGUAUCCAAGAGAUCCAGGUCUUGAUGCCUCAUUUCAGAAGUGGGCCCACACCCAAGUUGCCGUUGGGGCUAGAGCUGCUUGCUAUCAUGAUGAAAUCAAACUUUCCCUUCCUGCCAUGUGGACACCAACGCACCACCUUCUGUUUACUUUUUUUCAUGUUGAUAUGCAAACAAAACUUGAAGCUCCGAAGCCAGUAGUGAUUGGAUAUGCAGCACUUCCUUUAUCGUCACAUGCUCAGCUGCGAUCAGAAAUAACUCUUCCAAUCAUGAAAGAGUUGGUUCCUCACUAUCUCCAGGAUAUGGGACGGGAGAGAUUGGACUAUUUGGAAGAUGGUAAACAUGUUUUUCGACUGCGUUUACGGCUAUGUUCUUCUUUAUACCCUAUCAAUGAACGCAUCAGAGACUUUUUUCUUGAAUAUGAUCGACACACUCUUCGAACAAGUCCACCUUGGGGUUCUGAACUUCUGGAGGCUAUUAAUAGUUUGAAGAAUGUUGAUUCCACUGCUUUACUUCAGUUUCUUCACCCAAUCCUAAACAUGCUGCUUCAUCUUAUUGGCAAUGGGGGAGAAACACUCCAGGUUGCAGCUUUCCGUGCAAUGGUUAACAUUGUUACCAGACACCAAUAUUUAGUAUUUGCUUCUAGCUAUAUGCUGUGCACUGGGCUACAGCAAGGUUGUGGUGAGGGUAGCAAGGGUGGGUUAUGUGUAACUGGUGGGUUAGAGGGUGCUGUGUUGGCGAAUGAAGCAAAUUUGGGGAUGCAGGGUGGCUGUUUGAGCGAGCAGGAGUAUGAUGCAGCAUCUGUGAUGGGUUAUGCUUUUGAUGACUUUGGUGGUCGUCAACCACCAGUAUACCCUGGUUUGUCCACUGUUUGGGGAAGCCUGGCUCGAAGUAAGGCUAAAGGCUACCGUGUUGGACCUGUGUAUGAUGAUGUUUUGGCAAUGGCAUGGUUUUUUCUGGAGCUAGUUGUUAAAUCAAUGGCAUUGGAGAAGACUCGCCUCUUUUAUCAUAGUAUUCCAAUAGGAGAAGAUAUACCACCAAUGCAGCUGAAGGAUGGUGUAUUUAGAUGUAUAAUGCAGUUGUAUGAUUGCCUUCUUACUGAGGUGCAUGAACGUUGUAAGAAGGGUUUAAGUUUGGCAAAGCGCUUGAACAGUAGUUUGGCCUUUUUCUGUUAUGAUCUUCUAUCCAUUGUUGAGCCUCGUCAAGUUUUCGAGUUGGUAUCAUUAUAUCUCGAUAAGUUCUCUGGUGUAUGCCAAUCAGUGCUUCACGAGUGCAAACUUACCUUUCUGCAAAUCAUUUGUGAUCAUGAUCUAUUUGUGGAAAUGCCUGGGAGAGACCCUUCAGAUAGGAACUACCUUUCUUCUGUAUUAAUACAAGAACUCUUUCUUACAUGGGAUCAUGAAGAUUUGUCUUUACGGGCAAAGGCAGCAAGAAUCCUGGUAGUGCUGUUGUGCAAGCAUGAGUUUGAUGUGAGGUACCAGAAGCCUGAAGAUAAGUUGUAUAUCGCUCAGCUAUAUUUCCCUCUUAUUGGACAGAUUUUAGAUGAAAUGCCUGUUUUCUACAACCUGAAUUCUGUUGAGAAGCGUGAAGUGGCAAUUGUGAUUUUACAAAUAGUUAGAAACCUUGAUGAUGGAUCACUUGUGAAGGCAUGGCAGCAAAGCAUUGCCCGGACAAGAUUGUUUUUCAAGCUUAUGGAGGAAUGCUUAUUGCUAUUUGAGCACAAAAAACCUGCUGAUGGAAUGCUACUUGGCUCCAGUUCUCGCAACCCUGUAGGGGAGGCACCUGCUUCCCCGAAAUACUCUGAUAGACUCUCUCCUGCAAUUAACAGCUAUUUGUCUGAGGCCUCUAGACAGGAAGUAAGGCCUCAGGGAACACCCGAUAAUGGCUAUUUAUGGCAGAGAGUGAAUUCCCAGUUAAGUUCCCCCAGCCAGCCUUAUUCUUUAAGAGAAGCACUAGCUCAAGCACAGUCUUCUAGGAUUGGAGCUUCUGCUCAAGCACUCAGAGAAUCUUUACAUCCACUUUUGAGACAGAAAUUGGAACUUUGGGAGGAAAAUUUGAGUGCUUCCGUCAGCCUUCAGGUUUUGGAAAUGACUGAAAAAUUCUCCAUGAUGGCAGCCUCUCACAGCAUUGCUACUGAUUAUGGAAAACUGGAUUGCAUCACUGCUGUAUUCAUGAGCUUUUUAUCUAGAAAUCAGCCACUGACAUUUUGGAAAGCAUUUUUUCCUAUAUUUAAUUGUGUUUUUGAUUUACACGGGGCAACUCUGAUGGCGAGGGAAAAUGAUCGUUUUCUAAAGCAAGUCACUUUCCAUCUUCUUCGGCUUGCAGUUUUCCGAAAUGAGAACAUCAGGAAAAGGGCAGUCGUUGGGCUUCAAAUACUUGUGAGGAGUUCUUUUUAUUUCUUUAUGCAGACAGCAAGGUUGAGAGUCAUGUUGAUUAUCACAUUAUCAGAGCUAAUGUCUGAUGUGCAAGUUACUCAGAUGAGAUCUGAUGGAAGCCUAGAAGAAAGUGGUGAAGCACGGCGACUUAGAAAGUCAUUGGAUGAAGUGAAGGAUGAGACUAAAAGUGCUUCCCUAUUAUAUGAGUGUGGAUUACCUGAGACUACUCUUCUGACCAUACCAGAUAAAAUGACAGAGAAUAGGUGGUCCUGGUCAGAGGUGACAUAUCUGUCCAACAGUCUUCUUUUGGCCCUUGAUGCUAGUUUGGAGCAUGCACUAUUGGCCCCUGUGAUGAGUAUGGAUAGGUAUGCUGCUGCAGAAAGCUUCUAUAAACUGGCAAUGGCGUUUGCUCCAGUCCCUGAUCUUCACAUUAUGUGGUUGCUUCAUCUCUGUGAUGCGCACCAGGAAAUGCAGUCAUGGGCUGAAGCUGCUCAGUGUGCAGUAGCUGUCGCUGGUGUUGUUAUGCAGGCCCUUGUUGCCAGAAAUGAUGGUGUUUGGAGCAAAGACCAUGUUGCUGCUUUGCGAAAGAUUUGCCCUAUGGUCAGCAGUGAAAUCUCCUCAGAAGCCUCUGCAGCAGAGGUAGAGGGAUAUGGUGCUUCUAAACUGACAGUUGACUCUGCUGUAAAGUAUCUUCAGCUUGCUAAUAAGCUCUUCUUACAAGCUGAACUUUUCCAUUUCUGUGCAAGCAUUCUGGAACUUGUGAUCCCAGUUUAUAAAAGCAGGAGGGCAUACGGACAGCUGGCUAAAUGUCACACACUGCUUACCAAUAUCUAUGAGUCAAUAGUUGGACAGGAAUCUAGUCCAAUUCCAUUUACUGAUGCAACAUACUACAGGGUUGGGUUUUACGGUGACAGAUUUGGGAAACUCGACAAAAAAGAGUAUGUAUAUCGCGAGCCUCGUGAUAUACGUCUAGGUGACAUCAUGGAAAAACUUAGUCACAUAUAUGAGUCUAGGAUGGAUGGUAAUCACACUUUACAUAUUAUACCGGACUCUAGACAAGUAAAGUCAGAGGAGUUACAACCUGGUGUCUGCUACCUUCAGAUUACUGCAGUUGAUCCGGUCAUGGAAGAUGAGGAUUUAGGAAGCAGAAGAGAGAGAAUUUUCUCCCUUUCUACUGGGAGUGUGCGAGCUCGAGUAUUUGACCGGUUUUUGUUUGAUACGCCCUUCACAAAAAAUGGCAAGACUCAAGGUGGAUUGGAAGACCAGUGGAAGAGACGCACUGUACUUCAGACUGAGGGUUCAUUUCCAGCUUUAGUAAAUAGGCUUUUGGUAACUAAAUCCGAGUCACUUGAAUUCUCUCCUGUAGAGAAUGCAAUUGGAAUGAUUGAAACACGAACAGCUGCAUUAAGAAAUGAACUUGAAGAGCCUCGUAGUUCGGAGGGUGAUCAACUUCCCAGACUACAGUCUCUACAGAGGAUCCUGCAAGGCAGCGUUGCAGUACAAGUCAAUAGCGGAGUCUUGAGUGUCUGCACUGCCUUUUUGUCUGGGGAACCUGCAACGAGGUUGCGUUCACAGGAACUGCAGCAGCUUAUAGCUGCACUUCUUGAGUUCAUGGCUGUUUGUAAGCGCGCCAUCCGAGUGCAUUUCAGAUUGAUUGGCGAGGAAGAUCAGGAUUUCCACACACAACUUGUAAAUGGAUUCCAGUCCCUGACCGCGGAGUUAUCACAUUAUAUUCCAGCCAUUCUUUCUGAACUCUAGCGCUGGCAGUUAAGUUAGAUAUAAUAUUGCUUCCACCUUGUGUUCAUAUGCAUGCCCUUGCUUAUUUUUUCAGCAUUAAUGAUGUGUAAUUGCGUUGGCGGUUCGUAUAUUUAGAAUCGUGCUAACCAGGCGAUUCAAGGAAAACACUAACAUGGUUAUGUAUCAUCUUGUAUCUAGUUUUCACGCUCCCCUUUUUGUUGUUUGUGCUUCGGGGAACAGUGUAAUAUUCUUGUAUUAUAUGCUGAUCGUUUCAAGUUGAUGGCCA